UCUUUCCUUUGUCAAAAAAAAAAAAAAACGACUUUCUGCCCAAUAUCGUUCGUUUGAUAGAUCCGUAGAAACCAAUUAGGCAAUUACCUCGUUGCAACUAGGCUACGGUGCAAUGCAUAUGAUAUUUAUUUACUUAUUUCCAGGCCAUCAGUUUUUUAAUUUGUUUUUCAGUAGAUCGUUUUAACUUAACAAACCAAAAUUGAUACAUUUUGAAUGUAUAUAUAAACAAGCAGCCUAAAAAUGUUGAGAGAUUCGCAUAAUAUCAUAAGAGUAUUCAGAAUACAUAUAAGAAAAUAGUGUGAAAACGCUCAAUACAUAUUAUGAAUAUGUCUAUGAUGUUGUGUCAAUAUUUGUGCGGCUAUGUUAUUAUAUAGAAAAAUCAAAUUUCGAAUAAUGUGGAUAAUGGAUCUUAUCACAAUAAACAAAAUAAUUUAAAAAUGAUUUUAUGAAGAAAAUACAAAAUCAAGAAAACAAAAACAUAGAUGCACCACAGCCUAGAAGAAUUGAUUGGCUUGCCCUUGACCCAAGUUACUCUUUACUCCUUUUCUAAAUUAUAGGAGUUGGUGGAAUAGCGAGGAUUGACUAUUGACCAGCAGAUCCUUAUAUAUUGAUCCCUUUAGUCUUGUCCAUACUCUAGGCUGCUGGCUACUCAUUUUGCAGCUUUGGGAAAAAGAGCUUUGGGAAAAAGAUUGGGGUGAAAUGGCGGUGAAGGUGUACGGUUCAGCCUAUGCUUCCCCGAAGCGAGUAAUCGUGUGCCUUAUUGAGAAGGGAAUCGAGUUUGAGACUGUCCCAAUCGAUCUCGUCAAGGGAGAGCACAGACACCCAGACUUCCUCAAACUGCAGCCAUUUGGAUCGGUGCCAGUGAUUCAAGAUGGGGACUACACUUUGUAUGGAAUCGAGGGCGAUCAUAAGGUACUACUCAGAGAAGUACAAGUCGCAGGGGACUGAUCUGCUUGGGAAGACCAUAGAGGAAAGAGGGCUGGUUGAGCAGUGGCUGGAAGUUGAGUCACAGAACUUCCACCCACCUAUCUACAACCUGACGCUUCACGUCAUGUUCGCCUCUGUUCUGGGCUUCCCAGCUGACGAGCUGCUCAUCAGGGAGAGCGAGGAGAAGCUUGGGAAGGUGCUGGACGUCUACGAGGAGAGGCUGUCGAAGAGCAAGUACUUGGCUGGGGAUUUCUUCAGCCUUGCUGACCUUAGCCACCUCCCAUUCACGCAGUACUUGGUGGGUCCAAUCGGGAAGGAGUACAUGAUUCGGAGCAGGAAGCAUGUGAGUGCAUGGUGGGAUGAUAUCAGCAGCAGACCUUCUUGGAAGAAGGUUCUUCAGCUUUGAGAUAGCAAAAAAAUGGCUACACUCCUGAUGGGAUCUUGAAUGUCAUGCGGGGUUAUGGAGAUGCUUCUCUACUUGUGUUAUAAGGUUCCUAAGUAAUAAUGAUGCUGUCGAGGUUGGAGGUCAUGUGAUGGUGCUCUUUGUGUGGUUUGGACUUCUGUGAUUGUGUCCCAAUAAUAAGUGAAACCUUGUUGUGUUGUCUUUGUAACAUUAUAUCUUUUGGGC